AGACGCGGUUGCCACUCACUCAGAAGGAUGUCAAACUAUCGAUCGGAGCUGUAUUUUCAAUAUUUCUAUAUUUUAUGGCUCCUCGCGAAUGUCAGCUCACUGGACCCGACGCUUUUACCGAGGAUGACAUUCACACAGGAAGAGCUCACCCUUAAAAGUGUGACAUUAUCAGAGGAAGUCCGUACACUUCUACUUCCAGAAAGAGAUAAUAACAAGAUCAUGGCUGUAGGAAAAAGACAUCUGAUCUCUCUCAACUUCCAGUCUCCUCCUAAGGCUCCCGUGGAACGGAAUUUGCUGUGGGCCGACUGCAUUGAAAAUGGAGCGUCGGCAAACGGUUGCAACUACGAGGUGAUGUUGGCCCAUGAGAGGGAGGACGCCAGCCGAGUGUUUCUGUGCGGGACGGACAGAGCGGAGACACUUUGCUGCGAUACGAAGCCAUCAGAAGAUCAUCCCGUCUGCACACCAGCCGAUGACCUGAAAAGCAUCCGAAGGAGCAUCAGAGAUUUUCUCUUGAAGGAUGCUGAACAUUCUGCUUUCGUUGAAUCUGCAGAAGGUUCCUCACUGUACGUCACGUAUUCCGGCUCGCAGGAGUACGUGGGCGUCCAUAAGUUUGGAAAGAACAGAGUGGGACCGGCUAACCACGAUAAAGAGCAGCAUUACCUGGGGUUGGUCAUGAGCAAACGCAAGGACGAGACAUUGCAGGACAAAAUUUACGCCUUCUACAAGGAGAGGAAUAAAGAUUUGAAUGUAUGGAGCAGCACAUGGCUUCCGUACAUCUCCCAGUUUUGCUUGGCGGACAUGGGCGGCCCCAAAAACAACCUGCAGUUCACGUGGACCUCCCAGAUGAGCGCCAGACUCUCCUGUGGUGACCCAACGAGCAAAAAACAUUUUUUCGAGAUGGUGGAUAUUGCCACCGUGCACGCGGAGCGAUGGCAGGAUACCCGGGUUUAUGCGCUCUUCAGGAACGAAUGGAACAUGAGCGCCGUAUGCGUUUACGCUAUGCAGGACAUCCAGGACGUCUUUACCAACUCGCCGUUUAAAGGCUCAGAUCAUCAGAGGGGCUGGUCCAGAGAGUGUGUUUCAGACAGCAGACAUCUCUCUAUGGACAUCCUGAAGAUGACCCAGAUGAACUCUGAGAUGGAGCAGUGGGUGAAGCCUGUGAAGAACUCAGGCCCACUUCUCAUAAGUCACCACGUCUACACUCACAUCCUCACAGACGCUGAUCCCGCAAAGGAACACACGCUUCUCUUUUUGACUCGAAAUGGCGGAGGCGUGGACAAGUUGGUGGAGAACAAUAGCACAGCUUUCAUCAUCGCAGAAUACAGACCAUUUUCCCAAAGAGCUCAUAUCGACAGCAUCACCCUCCAUGCUUCCUCUAAAAAACUCUACGUCAGCUCUCGUCGUCAGAUCGUCCAGAUGGACGUGGCAGACUGCGGCCACUAUGGAAACACGUGCGAGGAGUGCGUGUUAGCACGAGACCCGUACUGCGGCUGGGACAGCACCAGAUGCACCGCCACGACCGCCACUAGCGGCAACGUGGUUCAGGAUGUGAAUUCAGGAAAUUAUCACUUGUGCAGGUCUUCGCUUCAUCCUCACAUCAGCAAAGUGAUUGAUCGCUCAAGCAUGCCCGAGAUGCCGGUCACGCUUCCUCACGGGUCCCAAUACUUCCUCCGUUGCCCCAUGGGGUCUCACCACGCCCAGUACAGCUGGCGUCACGAAGGCGGGGGAGCCACGCCCUGCCCCUGGAGCUCGUACGGGUGCCUUCGCUUAAUCGACAACAAGCAGGAGGGCACGUACACGUGCGUGUCGGAGGAAAGGGGCUUCAGCCGUGUGCUGGCCCGCUACGCCGUCAAGGGCAGUGCCACGUCAGCGAGACCCUCUAUCGGGCUCCUGUUUUGGCUCUGUGCUCUGACUGCUCUCAUCCAAAUAAUAACGUAAGAAAAUUGGACAACAAUUGCAAUUUUGUCUUUGUGCUAUUUAUUAUUAUGCCAGGUUACAAAAUGUACAGUAUUCCUGGAAAGUAUUUGCAGCACUUCCCUUUUCUACGUUUUAUCUUACAACCUUGUUCUGAAAAUGUUCCUUUACAAUAAAUGUCUUAGAAAUGUCCAGAAGGAAAAAGGUUCCAAA